UGAAUAUGAAGCUAUAUUUCGACCAUAACUGCACAAGGCAAAACAAAAGCAGGCCAUUAGCCGCAUAUUCCAAUCCAGACAGGCGACUGGGAAGAUAAGCCCCAGACUUCGGUCCACUCACAGAACCUCUCGGUCGCCUGGUCCAAUGCAACUCCAAUCCAGCAUGGCGUCUCUGGCCCUCCACCCCAUCAUCCCGGCCACCGCCGCUUCAUCCACGACCCUCGCGGUCGUCGUCGGCUCCCGCCACGCCGCCACACUCCACCGCUGCUUUCGCCCGCGGCGGCGCCUCAUCACCACCUGCAAGGCGGAGCCGAGCGGGGGCAACAGCACCGUGGAGCUAGCCGCAGGGGCCGCCGGGCUGGCAUCGAGCGCGGUCGUGGCGUGGUCCCUCUACACGCUGAAGACGACGGGGUGCGGCCUCCCUCCAGGCCCCGGUGGCGCCCUCGGCGCGGCGGAGGGCGUCAGCUACCUCGUCGUGGCGGGCCUAGUCGGGUGGUCGGCCACCACCAAGGUGCGCACUGGGUCGGGCCUCCCGGCUGGCCCCUACGGGCUCCUCGGCGCCGCUGAGGGCGUUGCCUACCUCACCGUCGCGGCCAUUGCCGUUGUCUUCGGCCUGCAGUUCUUCCAGCAGGGAUCCAUCCCGGGUCCGUUGCCAUCAGAGCAGUGUUUUGGCUGACUCUGUAACUCAUUCGGUUGAUGUUUGUUACCGAGUGUACGCUGCUAUAUGCUACUCCGUAUCUGUUUAACUUUUAUUGUUAUGCGUAUUCGUCAGUGAUUGUAAAUUUGUAGUGUGUUUUAGUUGCUGUUUGGUUCCAUGAGUGGGAGAGGCAAUGUUAGAAGGCAACAGAUCUAGUGCAAACUCA